GUGCGCGCGCCCACCGUGUCUGCUGCCUGCCUGGUUUAGUGUGGACUGACAGCCAGCUGUGUGCGGCUACCACGACAACAACAGCAGCCUCUCCCCGGGGAACCCUCGCCGAGAACCUUCACACCGUGUCGGGACCGGUCCUGUGUUACCGAAUCGUAUAUCGAACACCUGUCUGGAAGGGAAACGACGCCAAAAAACCCAAACGGUAGUGUCGUCGUCGGUCGCUAGCUAGCUAACGACGAGCAUUCCUCCAACAUGAAUCCGCAUUGUAGCAGAUGUAACCGAAUCGUUUACCCAACGGAAAAAGUCAAUUGUCUGGAUAAGUACUGGCAUAAAGGAUGCUUCAACUGCGAGGUCUGCAAUAAGACUCUAACCAUGACCAACUACAAAGGCUUUGAGAAGAGACCAUACUGCAAUGUACACUACCCCAGGGCGGGCUUCACCCCUGUGGCUGACACUCCAGAGAACAUCCGUCUCAAACAGCAGACCAUGUUGCAGAGCCAGGUUCACUACAGGGAGGAGUUUGAAAAGCAAAAAGGGAAAGCCUUCAGCGUGGUCACAGACACGCCAGAGUUGCAGAGACUUAAGAGAACGCAGGACCAAAUCAGCAAUAUCAAGUACCAUGAGGAGUUUGAGAAGAGCAAGAGUACACAUCAUCCGCAAAGCAACCCCACUCCAGCUUCUCAGAACUACCACCAUGAUCCUACCCCUGAGCCCGUGCGCCAGGCAGCUGCCGCUCCACCUCCCAGCGCUGUGAAGCGGUACAGGGCGGUGUACGACUAUGCCGCUGCUGAUGAGGACGAGGUGUCCUUCAUGGAGGACGAUGUGAUCGUGGACGUGCAGCUGAUCGACGAAGGCUGGAUGUACGGCCGCGUGGAGCGCACCGGCCAGCUGGGCAUGCUGCCUGCCAACUACGUGGAGGCCAUCUGAGAGCAGCAGAAGAGGAGGAGGAGGAAGAGAAAGAGAGGAAAAUGUUGAAAGGAUUUAAAACAAACAAAAAAAAAAAAGCCCAGUGCCAUCUCAUCUUAAAUGCCGCCUCUCUUGAUUUAACCUAAUCUGAUCCCUUUUGAGACCCCCGACCCCUUCCCGCUCUCUCUCUCUCUGUUUUUAGCUAGCUAACCCCAAGACGACUUCUGUCCACCUUCUUGUCUGUCCUUGCUGAUGUCUGUCUCUGUUUGGAUGUGUCUCCUCGUCCUCCUGUCUCAUCAUGCAGCUCCAUCCUCGCUAUAGCACUUAACAUUCCCGACUUCAUGCGAAAAACCAGGAAAAAAAAAAUUGGAAGUAUCCUUUGAAGAUGAUGUUUAUUCACUUUAGCGCAUUCUUUUUGUUUUUCUUUGCCAAACUGGAAAGUGCGUUUAAUCUCCAAACUUAACGCUUGAACACUUGUACAUUCCUUUGACCUCCGUCCCACUGCGAGGUUUUUAAAAAAUAAAUAUAUAUAUUUAUAGACCCAUCUAACUGAUGUUACACCCACUCCUGGUGCACAGUGCUGCAUUGUGGGUGAUGUUGUUCAACUGGAAACUGGAGCUCCUGCUGUCGUGUUUUUUUGUCAGACACCUGACUUCCUGUUUGCUCAAAAUUGGCUUUUUGUCACCUUUUGUCUACAAAGUUAACAUGUAUGUUAAAAAAAGAGGAGCCAAGCACAACGCUAUCAUUUUUAAUCAUUUUAACUGUGACACAUUUCAACUUUUUUUCUUCCUGUCCAUCAGAUGAACGAAUAGUCUUACCUUUAUUAAAUGUUUGUCCUCCUCCCCCUCACACUUUCCUUCCUUUGCCUUUGUAUGAUGCUUAUUUUCAAAACAAACAAAAAAGUGUAUUAAAUGAAUAAACCAGCAGCUCAAUUUGUGUAGUCGGGAGUUGGAUGACGCUCGGAAUGAGGUGGUGACAGAGCAAGCCGUUUGACCUCAGCGACUUUAAAACGAAUAGCGUGUCACCUAGCGUAGCGCGACAGCCGCCAUUCCUCUUUGUAAAUAUUCACGUUCUGAUUGCGAUUGAGAGAGGUGUGGUGUACGGGGCUCUCUUUAUGUAGCUAGGUGACAUUUUGUACCAUGGUGUAUGUAUCAUAGGGGUCAACUGUGGAGGCCAUGACCUGUCCUGUCUGCGUGUGAUCUGGGAUUUUUUUAACGGAUGUAUGAAAUUGUCAGCAGAAAUUGUAUGGUUGAUUUUUUUUUUUUUCUUUUGGUCAGUUUGGGCGUUCACUCAUUUUUUUUUUCUAUAGCAAGGAAUGCCGUUUGAGAGAGUAGGGCCCUACUGCAGGCAAGCAUAGGAAUUGAUGGGUUAGGGGUGGAAGUUUGAUGACAUUUUUAUAGGCUAAAGCUACUAAUACCUGUAGCUUUCCCGAUUUUACAUCCAUUCUGGACGUGCUUUGUAUGGAGUUCCAUGGUGUGCGUGUGGAAACGGCCAAAGAUGAGCAGUGUUAGGAUGAUCUUGAGUGGAGGUGCCAUGUGUCCAGCCUGGGAUAUUAGUCAGUCAGGGUUUUUUGUUUUGUUUUUGGGGGUGUUUUUUUGCGUCAAACCUACCCACUGAAAACGUAGCACCACUUCCUCAUCCGCUCUUUUGUCCUCAUCCUCUGCUGAGCUCGCUUUUCCCUUUCGGCCUUCAUCGUCCAGCCCCCUCCCCAUGCUUUCUUACUCAUCAUUCCGUGCUUCUCGUCAUUCCGCUUUAGAUUCUGUAGGAAUCAUGUUAUCUGCAGGUGGAGCGUGCAGACCAGUUUUGUGCAUUUCAUCUGGACAUUUUUUUAAAUAUAAUUUUGUUAUUGUUUUACAAAAUGGAAUAAAGAUAGCUUAUGCAUAUUGACACCCUAUCAAAACUUAAAAAAAAAAUAUUAAAAAGUACAUUCUCAGAUAUUAGGACCUGAUAUCAUCUCCUGUCACAGCUCAUCUGUACUGAUGAUUCUGCAGAGUCAAUAAAAAUGUCAUUUUUCUCAAGACUGUUUAAUCCUGUGCAACGUUUUUGCUGCACCCCAGUGAGAAUGCCUCAGGUUUGGUGUGUUAGUUUUGGGCCUUCAGCUACAACUGGACUUCUGUGUGCUCUCAUUUCUACCAUUAAAUUUCAGAGGUAAGGGUCCCCACUCUCACAGCUGAUACACCACGUUUGACUUGUCUUUUAAUGUUUACAUCGCCGAUUUUGUUUCUGCGUGUACGGAAAAGACAUGUGGUUAGCAUUGACGCUAACUCUCGCCCCGCAAUUUCACCUCGUAUUCUGUGUAUUAAACAGCCCAACGUUUAUCACCAGAAGCCGCAGUGAAUCGAUGCUUCAACGCCACACUCACUAUUUGGGCCGUAAAUGUUUGUACGCGUACAAGUGGGACGCUGAAAUGCUCAUUUGUUUACAAUUUCUUGGAAACUUCCGGGUUAUGUACUUCUAAUGUAGCUUCACGGCCUGUCGCAUCUAUUGUGUUUUCAACGCCAUCUGCCGGAAAAACUCCGCUACAACAGCAGCCUUGUUAUUAUCUUUAUAGAUUUAAUAUAAAUAAUGUGAACAAUAUUUAACCAGCAAUACAUAUGAAAGUAUUUCCAAAGACAAUCAGCGCAUUAAUCAUCGCGAAACUCCAAUAUGAGCAAUGAGUUUUCCUAGGACAUGGUGGAAUUGGGUUUAGUUUGCCCUGGCUUUGUUUUCCUUGGCGUCUUUUGCCUUACACGUUACACCACUGAAACACAUGUUUCACUAACCUAACAUAGAGACGCAGACAUUUAAAAGUUGAUUAAUAUUAUUGGGAUUAAACAUAUGGUCAUUAACUAUCUUAUUUCGUCAUCGAACACACCCGGGCACUCCUUCCUGGAAAACAACAGGGCUUUCUUCCAAGUGAGACAGCGCCCAUUUCCGAACACGUCCGAUUUUGGCCGAUCUUUUUCAUCGGCUCCGCCUGCUUUGCCACGACUCUUAUCCUUGAACUCGAUUUACUCUUCUGUCAUCACUGUCAUCAUGGUGGACAUUAUGGUGUUGAUGUUCUUCGCCAUUAUGGCCUUGGUCUUCCUCUCUUACAUCAUCUACAUGCUGUGAUGAUGGCGGCAGAGUGGAGGAAGAAGAAGAGGAGGAGGAGGAGGGAGGCGAGCAUCCCUGCUCUCUCCAUCAUGGAGGCUGGGCGAGGAGGCGUUUAAUUGCAUACGGGAGGAGACCCAGUGGCUGGACCAUGAUGGACUCUAAUGUCAAGCAGAAGACACGUAAAGAGGAAGCUCUUCGUCCCUUCAUUCAAUCCACAUGCUCUCCUUUCAUUAACCCUUUGCAACUAGUGUUGUUAUGAUGGCAGUCCAAAGAGGAUCUAGAUUUCGCACUGUAAAAUGAAAGUUAUUUAUUCCACCGUGUUUUAAUGUCCAAUCAGCUUCCACGUCAGGACAAAAAUAUAUAUAUUUUUGUUUCUAAACACAAUCUUCAAGCGUCAACUGUAGUGUUUGAAUCCGGUUAUUUGUAUGUGUUGAAUAAAGAUGAUUUCAGUGAAAGCAG